CACAGGGAAGUAGAAGAUGCACAAAUCUUGCUUGAAGAGCUGCUAUCAUCGUAUUCGUAAUCGUACCUGCUCCCUGGAUUGAAGUAAUUAAUUCUUACUCCCCACACGACCCGCAAACAAUUUGAUCCGCAUUCGUGCAACCUCUGUUCGAUGAUUUCCUCUUAGUAUACGACAGAAAUCAAAAGCAACUUCGGCGAAGAUGUUCACGCUUGUCUUCGGCAAGAACGUUGACGUCCACUGGCUCAACGGUGGGUACUGCAAGUUUCUCUUCACUUACUUCCUGGUGCUGAUUCUCGGCGUGAAGAUCCAGUACUGGAUAUCCUGAGCAAAAACGUCCCCACCCCCGAGUUGUCAUGCAGAUUUGCAAUGGCAGGAACAUUUGUAAUGCGCAUCUUCAUGAGAAGCGUUUCCAAAUCCAAUCGUGUUUUGCAAUUUGUAAUGCUGUAAACAGGAUGAGAAAGUCAUGCGGCUCUCCUUGCUAGCCAGCACUACACUGCAGAUGGAAACUUGUCAUGCAGAAGUCCCAAAACUUGGGAAUUUGUGUUGCAGACCUCCCAUCUUGACUAUGGUGUGGGGACGUUUUUACAUAGGAUACUGGAUCAACCAGGAGCGAUGGUUGGCCAGGCACAGCAACGACUACUACGUAUCAAAUGUAAAAAUGUCUGGGUCUGGAAAGAUGUAACUUGUGAUGCGCAUUUCAGAACACACAAAAAUCUCUGAUGCAUAGGCAGCCAAAGCUGCUCACUUUCUGUCACCAAAAUGGAGGAUUUGUCAUGCGGAUUCGGCAUUGCGGAAGCUUCUCGAAACCUGUGAUGCUAGAGCUUCCAUGCCAGACCUUCGGUGUCAUGCAGAAACAGCAUCACUCUUCCAGACCCAGACAUUUUUACAUUUGAUACUACGGGAACACAGACUACUACUACACGCAUUUGCUAGGUGGCUACUUGAUGGAGGACAGAAUGCGCUCAAUAAGAGGCAUGGUGGCGCCGGUGGCUUCUAACGGAAAUUUGACGGUUGUGCUAGAAGAGGAAGCGCAAGGAAAUGCCUCGAACACUUCUGAAGCUGAGGUUACAGGGCUUUCAAGUUUUUCUCAAAUAAUGCGCAAGAAAGAUGCUAACAGCAGCUGGCAAGUCCAGCAAGUGGGAUUAAAUGACGGCAAGCCGCUCCCCAUGAAGCAGCACUACCACAUGAUCCGCUGGGACCUGUCGCAGGUUUUGCAGGAGGUGGUCGAGGCCAUGCUGAUGCACAACAUCACGUCCAAGGCUUCCUUCGACGAGAAACUGGGGAAGAUCCAGGAGGACCCGCACACAAAGGCGUUAUUUUGGGAGAUGUUCGUCGGGAGUGUGGAGAUCAAGUUGACAGAGAUUCGGCCCAACGAGUACGGCUUUGUUUCGGAGGAGAAACACGACCCGCUCUACCGGACCCCAGCGGACAUCCGCCAGAUCCAGCAGUACCAGCACUUUGCCGGCAACGUGACCCUGUACAUCGCGGACCGACUCGCGGUGCACGCGUUGCGCACCUACAUCGACACCUAUUUCAAGCCCUUCCACUCCCGGACCCAGAAGUACGCGGGCUACAAGGACGAGUACCUCUAUUUUCCGGUAGACGUGACCUUGAAGUCGGCACAGAAUCUGUGGGGGCAUCUGUCCUUCGUUGAAAUUCUCGAAGUUUUGGGCAAGUUGCUCGAAGCGGAGAAGGAGGAGGACAGGUUGGGAAUUUUAGAAGGGUAUGACGAUGACCAAAAUGCUGCUGGUGCUGUAACAUGGAUCACGAAUAAUGGGAUUGGCAAUGAAACGACUCCCACCCCCGGAAAUAACGGGACAACUAUCGGACCGAACGAAACCGGUACAACAAACGACGGCGUGGUACGCUUAAAGAUCAACAUCCCAGUUGGUGAGGAAAGCCAACACUCCCAAUCCUUUUUACAGCGCGACGUGAACGACAGUAACGAAACCACUGUAAAGAACGCCACGACAGCAGGUAACCAGACUGGAAUUGGAAGAAACGAUUCCAAUUCCACACAUAAAUCGUUGUCCGGAAGAGGAACCACGUUUGGGUCAUGGGGAGAUGUGAACUUGAAAGUGGAAGUUCCUGGGAUAAAAAUUGACAUGGACUUCUUUGGUGACAUUACGAAAUUGGACGUCGAUGAGGUCCGCGAGAAGCUCGAUCUGAACGCCUGGAAGGAGAAGCUGAUCGCUCGGCACGGGCGGCUGAAGGCGUACGAGGACCCGUUUCUGAAGCUGCUCACAAGUGACUGGGUGCUGAAGAAAUCGGUGAAGCUGGAGGCCAAUCUACAGGAGCGCCAGAAGCUGCUUGGCCUGGAGUGGCUUGGCACAGCCCGGUUUUUUACGCACGAGCAAUUGGCUUUGCUCCAGAUGACGCAGGAGGUGUUCCAGGAUGUUCUCCAGCUGCUGCGGCUGGACGUGCGCAGUCUCGCGGCGUGGCAGCAGUUUGUGCAAGAUACCUCCACCAGGCACGGCUACGGCGACCACGUGUUACCCAACGGCCAGAGGCUGGGCAAAGUGCAGCUGCCCUCCGUGAGAGACCUGGAGCAGGUGAACCACGUACUGCGCGGCAUGCUCAAGCUCAUGAGCAUCCCCGAGAACCAGGAUGCCAUGGAUGCCGAAGCAGAGGAGAUUUUCGAAGAUCUGGAAGCCGGGGACUUCGAGGGGGCAAAAGACCGCAUGGUCAACGCGAUGAAUGAAGUUUUGGAGGAGGUCGAGCCCUUCACCAUUCCCGGCUGGUUCAGUUUCAAGAACGGAGGGAGUGACGUCGCAGUUACCCCCUCCAAGGGCUCGGGCAAAGGAACGGGCGCAACCAAAGGCACGGGAAAAGGAACAGACAGCGACGUCUUGGACCCUUUCCUCCCUGAAAACAGCGACAACAGCACUGUAAUCCCUCCGAUUGUAGUGCUCGAUGACGCCCUUUCGGAAGAGAUUAUCGACGACGUGCUGGGGAGCAUCACGGGGGAAGUUGACGCAGAGAACAUAUUGCACGGUCAAGCCGACAGCACAACGGAAGAGCCGCAAAACCAAAUUCCUGUUACGCCGCUUGCCUCGACGGAAGCCCCGGACACGACGUCUGCUACGCCAACACCGGAAACUCCAGUGACGACAGAGGAGAUUUCCGUUGAAAACGGAUUGAAGGAGAUCGGGGAGGGUUUGUUUCCGGCUGAAGACGAAAGCAAGGUCGAAGAGCUUCUGGAAGAGGGGCUGGCGACUAUCGGGGACAUGGGCAUGAUGGACAAACUGAUGCUCGCCAUGAAAGCCGAUGAGUUUCUGAAGGCGGAAGACCCGGAGGAGAAGGCGCAACUGAAGCAAGACCUCGCCACGAGGCUAGACAUUACGCCCGCCGAAGCGGACCUCUUGGCCGCCCACUUGCUCAAACACCACGAGGAAGGGACGUUGGUGGACCGGCUAAGGCCCUGGUUAGAUGAGCAAGGGUUUGGACACUUGGUGAGUAGUUCAGCUUCGUCUUUCGUGUCGAAGAAAGUUGUAAAUGCGAUCGCAGGCGGCGUCGGAAGUGUCAGGACCACUCGAAGAAACAUCAAAAUCACGCCAGCAAAGACGCGCCAGUCUGACGUUCCAGAUACGCACAUGAAAGAAAAAGAAUUUCGUACAACUUCCCGGCUUUUGAAGAAAGAAAAGCAAAGAAAUUCAAAAUCAUUCUCUCCCGCAAGGACUUCCUUUUUGGAACAUUUCGCGGAUCAGACAAGAGCUCACGAACUGUCUUCCGCGGCGGUAUUUGAGAGGAAAACGAGUUUUUUGCGACGCGGACUCGCAAUCACAAUUGCAGGGAAAGAAGAGGUUUUGGGUGCAACGUCAGGGAGAAGAAGCUCUCUGCUGAGCCGUGGGACUACAGCAUCAGAUGACUCGUCGGACGCCGAAAUAAAGGGCGAUCAAGCUGCACAGGAGGGUGAGGAAAAUGAAGAUGGACAUGACCACGACAAAAAUGGAGAUUCUGCCCACGACAGUGAAGACGGCAUUUCCGCCCUGGAGCAUGAACAAUCUCAGCAAACUGCGCACGAGGACCAGCACAGUGAAAACGGACCUGACGGAGAUGAUGACCAUACCUCCUACGACCUGGACGAGAUCCGGGACAUCAUCAAGAACCCGACGGACCGCAUCGGGCAGAAGCAGGACGACGCGCUGCUGGACACGUUGCGCAUCCUGAACGUGAAGCGCAACGUGGAGAAAGCGGCGCUGAAAGAGCCGGUGUUCAAGCAGUUCGACCGUUUUUUCCAGAUGCUCAACCUCCGCCCGAUGAUCGAUGCGGACCUUGAGGAGGCCUUCGAGGCUGAGGAGCAGGAGGAGGAGCGGAAAGCGAAGGAGGAACUUGAAGCGCUGCUGAAAGAGAACAAAACGGAAGGGGCGGGCCCGUCCUCCGCCUCCUGCUGCGGCGAAAAGGCAGAGGAGGAGGAGGAGAAAAAACCAGAACCGCUUAGCACCCUGAUCCGGUACAACGUGCCCUGGGGAACCGGCACGGAGAGUCUCCAGCUCCUGCAAGCGUUCAUCUUUUUGGUGGUGGAGGCGUUGACCAUUUGGUUCACGUUUUUACUGCCCCUGUCCUUCCUGUACCGGUUGUUUGGGUCGUCGAUCUUCGAGGAGCGCGAGAACAAAAUGAUGGAGAUGCAGCUAAUCUACGGCUUAGACAAAUCGACCUACUGGCUGGCGAAUCUGGUGUUCUUCUGGCUGAUUCUGGGAACGCCCUUCCUCGUGGCGCACUGGCUAAACCUGAAGAUGCUCAGCGACGUGCUCCCCGGGGAGCACUGGCAGCUGCCGCGCGGGGACACCAACGAGAAAAUGUGGCACGAGCCGUAUCCGCCGGCCUCGGAGUCGCUGAUUUCCGUUUCGAGUAAAGCGAUUUACCAAAAAUUUGACAACCACGGAUUGCGACGGCUGUUCGCGCCGGAGGAACUGAAUUUCACCCCGUGGAUUCCGAUUUUCCCGCCGCUAGCGGCCUUACUCGCAGCGUCUACCCUCGCGAUCAGUGUCGAAAAGCGGGAGAAAUUCGAGUCCAUCCUCGGCACGCUUUCCGGGUUGGGGAAUCUGAUGAUCCUCGGGGCGUAUGUGUUGAUUGAGAUCCUGUUCCCCACGAGGCUCUCCUUCUGGCCGACGGCGGUCGCCGGCGCGUUUGGCGUGUCCGAACCGAAGCAGGAUGUGGUCUACGACCCGUCGUUAUCAAAUGCAAAAAUGUCUGGGCCUGGAAGAGUUGGAACUUGUCAUGCGAAUUCUGGAAUAGGCAAAAAUUUGUAUUGCAUAAGCACCAAAAGCUUCCCAUUUCUUUCUACGCAAAUAGGGAAUUUCUCAUGCGUGAUAGACAUCAGGAGGCCUGCGCAAAACCUGUAUUAUGCUUUUGCGUGCAUUAGAGACCAGUUGCGUGAUCCAGAAGAUGCAUGACAAACUCCUGCAAUCUUCCAGACCCAGACACUUUUGCAUUUGAUAGUCGCUCCCGCGGCCGCCGGAGCCGUGCAGCAGCGCGUACGACUGGCAAACCGUGAACCACAUUCUCUCCUUCGGGCUCGGGGUCACCGUCCCGGGCUACAGCUACCUCCGGAUCGUCGAGCGGGGGCUGAACCUCAUGCGCGCCACGGAGCUCGCGCGGCACAAGGGGGCGGAGAGCGGCGAGAGCUCGCUGCUCGCGACCCCGAAGUACUGGAACAUGGGGCUGCGGGGGCACAGUCUGUACAACUGUGCGCGGAACAACGAGAUGUCGCCACCAGAGUGGACGCAGCGGCAGAAGCCGAUGCUGAACAUUUUGAAACUGUCGAAACUCCCCUGGUAUCAAAUGCAAAAAUGUCUGGGUCUGGAAGAAUGCGCGAUUUGUCAUGCAGCUUUUCCAUGACCAUGAGGUCUGGAAUGCAGGACCUAGCAUGACAGAUUCUGUGCGAUCUCUCUCAUGCCUAUCCUACAUGACAAACUCCCUCACGACUUGGUCAAAACUGGACGACCUUUGGUAAUCCUGCAACACAGAUUUUUGCAUGCUUGAGAUUUAGCAUGACAAGUUGCAUUCUUCCAGACCCAGACAUUUUUACAAUCCAUACCUGGGUCUGGGACGACGAAGCGAAGCUGGAGGAGUACGUGAACAACGCCGGCGCGACGGACUUGGCGCACCACCUCGGCCCGGAGUACUGGGUGCCGGUCACGCUGGAGUAUCUCAGCUUGGUCUUGAACGUGCUGUUUUGGGGUUGCGCCCUGCUCUACGCGGAGAGAAGGCGACACAGGGCGGAGGCCGGUGAUCACAGGGAAGCGGAUGCUGAGACCGCGAAGAAUGCUGUAAAUGCAGCUCCAAACAAGGGUGGCAUCCUGGAUUCGCAGGGGAAUCCCUCUAUCGCACUCAAACUGGUCGAAAUGACCAAGACGUUUGAUAACGGGAGGAAGACGGCGAACGACAGGAUUUCCUACGCUGUGAAGCGCGGGGAGAUUUUCGGCUUGCUCGGCCACAACGGCGCGGGGAAAACGACCAUGGUGUCGCAGAUCUGCGGCCAGAUCCCGGUCACGAGCGGGGACUGCUUCGUGACCGGACACAGCAUCAAGACCUCGAUCACGAAGGUCCGGCAGAACCUGGCGCUUUGCCCCCAAGCGAAUCCGCUUUGGAACACGUACUCGAUGCGACAACACUUACAGUAUUUCGCCCGGUUACGGCAAUUACCCGAGAAGGAACUGAACCAGACGAUCGAAAAGUACGCGUUUCUGCUCGGUCUGGGCGAAAAGUUGGACACCAACUGCGAAAAGCUCUCCGGUGGCCAGAAGCGGCGGCUGUGGGUGCUUUGCUCUCUGCUAGGGUCAGCACCCGUUGUCAUCAUGGACGAGCCGACUUCUGGGAUGGAUCCGCAGGCGAGGCGGGAUUUCUGGGUGUUGCUCAAGCGAUUGGUCAAGGAGGAGCAGCGCGCGAUCAUUUUCAGCACGCAUUACCUGGAGGAAGCGGACUUGCUGGCGGAUCGGAAGUUGAUUCUCGCUGGCGGCAAGGUCGUCUGCAUUGGCACGUCGCAGGAGCUGAAGCAUAACUUCGGCCAGGGCUUCUGGAUCCACGCCAUGGUGGACAAAUCUGUGUGCCAGAACAAUGUCGCCUUGGCAGAGAAGAUUCUACACCAAGACUUGAAGCAGAUCGUGGAAAGGGAAUUGUUCGCAAACGCGGAGAAGAAUAUGAAACAACCGGUCACGUCAUCAGAGCAGAUAGAACAACAAGGUACAACUCCAGGUGGAAAUAAAAAUCGGGCAACAGCUGCCGCUUUCAAUCGCGUGCGGACGAAGAACCCGAAGGUUUCCGACUACUUCCUCGCGUACAGCAUUCCAUGGGCGGAGGUGAAGGAAAUGCCGCGCAUUCUGGACGCACUGGCGAAUUUUGCGGAGCAGAAUUACCCACCCGGCUUGGUCGAGUUCACGGUGGAACAGACCACGUUGGAAGAAGUCUUCCGGAACGCGGGGGAGCUCGCGGACCGCGAGGAGGCGGAACGGCAAGAGAGGGUUCUGCAGGCGAAGGGCGGGAGCAGAAAAAAAUUGAACCAAAAUGCAAGAGUUUCCCUCGCCGCGAUCGAGAACGAGAAAAUGAAGGAUUUGGUGGACAGCAAUCCGAAUGAUAUGCUGAAGCGCGUAACCGCACGAACGGACCAGCUGGAUCUGCAUAAUCCGAUCGACGAAGACGGAACCACAACAAACGCAAACCGCCCACCGCUGAUGCCGCGCAACUACUCCUUCUUUGCCCAGGUUCUCGCGAUUUGGGAAUUUCGAUUUUACGGAGAAUACCACCAGAGACUGCUCGGUGCGCAAAUCGGCGGGGCGGUGUUUCUGAUCGUGUGGGUCGUGCUCUGCAUCCUGGUGAAGCUGAACGUCGACGACAAACUGGAGGAGUUCAUGGAAGUGAAGGAGGAGGACAAGGAGAAAACGGAGAUGAAAACUUCCACCCUUGCCACGGUCAUGUCCGUCGGCCUCGGCGGCGUGAUCGCCCCCCUAGCCUGGCAAAUGUUCGGCGCAAGCGUCGUGAAGGACAGCUACCUGCCGGAAGAGGACCACGGGCUCGCCAAGCACCUGUACUUGCACGGCAUCAGCAAGCCGGCUUACCACAUUGCGUCCUGCCUCCACUGGUUGUGUUUUCUCACCCUACCCGGGUUCUUCUUCUUCACGCUGUCUUUGAUCAUUUACUUGAACCCGGUCUAUGGGUUCAAUGACAGUAUGAUCGGGACGCUGUGGCUCUCCUUCUUCUUCCUCGGCGUCAUCCUCUCCCUCUUCCCCGCCAUGCUGCUCACCUCCGGCAUGGUUUCCCCGGGGGGCUGGACGAUGUACGUGAUCCUGAACUACGCCAUGGGGUUCAUCCCGACGAUCAUCGAGCGCGUGAUGCAGACUGACUCCUGGGACAUGAAGAAGGGAAACACGAUCGACUGCUGGGUGCUCCCCACCGCGAUGAUUCAGGCGGGCGUCACCUCCACCGAGCAGAUUUUCAACUUCGGCGCGCCGGUCUGGUGGCCGAAGGUUUGUUUGUACUUGAUCUACAUCGUGUUCCCGCCCACCGCUUUGGCGGCGAACCUGAAGGGGCUAUGGAAACUGCACGCACUGGACCGGAUCACGGGCAAAAAAGCCGAGCAUUUCUCCGUCUGGUACUACCUCACCGGCGAUGUGGAGGAGCUACCCGCGGAUUUGCGCAUCUCGUUCGCGGACUCCGGUCUGCCGGACAACUGCAACUCGAACUACUUCCAGGUCACGAGCAGAUACGAGGUGCUGGCGCCGCUGUGGAGCCUGGUGUUUUACAUCAUUGUCGGCAUUCUCUACUACAAGGUCUACCUCCCGUACUUUGGGAAGGACGCCUACCGCACGGAGCAGCAGCUGUUGCGCGACCCGGUCAUCGGACUGAAGCUCGCGGAGAUCCUGCACAAGAAGUUGAAGGUGCGCGUAUUGAGAGGAAAAAUCCCCCCUCCCCAUAUUAAAAAGGUAUGUUUCCAAAAAUUUGUGUUGCGGAUUUGAGGUCACAAAUCCGAUCUGUCUUGUAAGAAGACAAGGGCAGAAGCUUCCGCCCCAUUAUGGAAGCGACUUCUCAUGCUGUCUGGCCUAAAGGGGGGCCGUUUGCCAUGCUGAACCACUAGACCCAUACGCCCCUACCUAGCCUGGGGAUCUCGCCGCAGUGCCUCUGUGCAAUACAAAGCUGAUUUGUGGCCACAAAUCAGCAUAACAAGUCUCCGUUUUGAUAUGGGGAGGGGGGAUUUUUCAUUUUGAUAGCGCGACACCAAAACGGGGGAGGUGGUCCGGCUGGAAAAGCUCGGCGACGAUAACGACGGGGACGUGAAUAUCCUGAGUAAAAACGUACCCACACCAGACUUGUAAUGCAGAUUUGCAAAGACAGGAAGACUUGUAAUGCGCAUCCCCAUGAGAGCCAUUUCCAAUCGUGUUUUGGAAUUUGUGAUGCUGUGAACAGGAUGAGCAGCUGGAUUUGUGACGCGGCUGCACUUGCUAACCUGCACUACACUGCAGAGUGCAACUUGUCAUGCGUGACUCACAAAGCUCCUAGGUUUGUGUUGCAAAAUCCCCAUCCUGACUCUGGUGUGGGUAGGUUUUUACUCAGGAUAGUGAAUGCGAAUCGCGACCCGGACGUCGUGCGAGAGGAGCAGAAACCGGACCGGGCCGCGGAGAGCUACGCGCUGGACGCCGUUAAAUUGGUGAAGCACUUCCCGCCCAGCAGCAAGGCGCUGCAGGACAGCCAUAACGAGCACCACGGAACCGCGACGGAGAACAAGUACACGGCACUGCAGCUGCAGCAGAUGAACACGAAGUGGGCCACGAAAAACGUGACGUUCGGUGUCUACGAGGGGGAGUGCUUCGGCCUGCUCGGGCCCAACGGCGCGGGAAAAACAACGUUGUUUAACCUGUUAUCUGGCACGGAGAUGGUGGAUGUCGGGAGGAUUUCGAUUUACGGACAAGACUGUGUGAACACGAAGGAAGCGAGCUACACGGUGGGUUCCUUCCCGCAGGCCGCGCGGGAAAAGAUGGGCCUGGCGCUAUCAAAUGUAAAAAUGUCUGGGUCUGGAAACUUGUGAUGCUAAAAGUGAACGAGAGUUCCACUGCAAUACGGAGCCAAGCAUGACAAAUUUUUUGGGCUCCUAUGUGUUGCGUGUCCCGCAUGGCAAACUGCGUGUUUGCAUGACAGAAAAGAGGACCGCUUCGUGCCCAUGCAUCACAGAUUCUUGAGUCAUGUCAGACACGCAUGACAAAUGCAGGAAUCUUCCAGACCCAGACAUUUUUACAUUUGAUAGGCGCCGCAGUUCGACAAACUGUGGCCGCACGUGAGCGGGAGAGCGCAUUUGCGCCUCUUCUCGAAGUAUGGAUUGUAAAAAUGUCUGGGUCUGGAAGAAUGCAACUUGUCAUGCUGUUUUUGGAUUCUAAAAAAAUUAGUGUUGCGUGACCAGCAAGAAAGGUCCAGUCUGUGCUACGCGGAGAGGGCAUUUCUCAUGCGGAAGGCGCAUCAGGAAGCCCUCUAAAAUUCUGUGAUGCUAGGUCAUGCAUUACAGGCAUGAGGGGUCAUGAAAAAUAUGCAUGACAAGUCUUGCACUCUUCCAGACCCAGACAUUUUUACAUUUGAUACGAAGUGCUGCGGCACCUACAUGCGCGAGGGCGAGUUGGAUCCCGAAGCCGGGGAGAAGAGGAUUAGCACGUUUCUAUCCUGAGUAAAAACGUACCCACACCAGAGUCAGGAUGGGGAUUUUGCAACACAAGCCUAGGAGUUUUGUGAGUCACGCAUGACAAGUUGCACUCUGCAGUGUAGUGCAGGUUAGCAAGUGCAGCCGCAUCACAGAUUCGUCUGCUCAUCCUGUUCACAGCAUCACAAAUUCCAAAACACGACUGGAAAUGGCUCUCAUGGGGAUGCGCAUUACAAGUCUUCCUGUCUUUGCAAAUCUGCAUUACAACUCUGGCGUGGGUACGUUUUUACUCAGGAUAGUUUCUCAAGCAGGUCAGCCUAUCCGAGAUCGACGCCGACCGGAAAACCGAAGAGUACAGCGGUGGCAUGAAGCGCAAGCUGUCUGUAUCAACUGUAAAAAUGUCUGGGUCUGGAAGAGUCAUGCUGUUUCUGCAUGACACAGAAGGUCUGUCAUGGAAGCUCUAGCAUCACAGGUUUCGAGAAGCUUUUGCUACCGAUGCAUGAGAGAUUUUUGUGUGUUCUGAAAUGCGCAUCACAGGUUACAUCCUUCCAGACCCAGACAUUUUUACACUUCAUAGUCUGUGGCGCUCACGUUGAUCACGGAGCCGAAGCUGGUCUUUUUGGACGAAAUGAGUGCAGGUAUUGAACACAAAUAAAGUUGCGUUUUCUACAUACUGACAUUUUUUCGCUAUGCUGGUCUGUCACUGCCAUACUCAGAUGUAGCGGUCAAUAGAAGCGGUUAUUUCUUGUUUCUGGUACCAGGCUUACUUAUGCUUCCGCACCACUACUUUCAGAAGAUUAGAAUGUCAAGAAAAAGAAUUAUCUUUCUCUCCCCACUUCAGGCGUGGACAUCGUUGCCCAGCAGUCUUUGUGGCGGAAGUUGAUCAACCGGCCCAAGGGGCAGACGAUCAUUACGACCACACACAGCAUGAUGGAAGCGGACGCGACGUCGGAUCGCAUCGGUAUUCUGGUCGGGGGCAAGUUGAAGUGCCUCGGGUCCACGCACCGCAUUAAGUCGCAGUACGGUAACGGCUACCAGCUGGAGCUUCUCGUGCGGUGGAAAAAGGGUUUCACGACCCCCGCCGGCGCGGGGAUGGCAAAGGUAAGCACGAGCAGCCCGCUGGUGCGACGCACGGCAAGCAUUUUCGCGCUGACCGCGCCGGAAACCAAAACUGCGUCCGUUUGGGAAGAUGACGAUCAGCCGCUCCUGGAGGUCUCGGACGAGGAGCGACGCAGCAAAAUGAGUGUGGAAAAGGAGGAGCAGGAGAAAGAGAUUUUGAAGGAGCUGCAGGCGGCCAUGGAGGAGGAAGAUAACAGCCCCGCCACACCAACUACGCCAGAUCCCGCGAUGAACGUGAUGCCUUUCGUCCAGAGCAUUCAAAAAGCGGGAAACAUCGAUAGUUUCCGGCUGGAAGAGAACGGACGUCGCAGCCAGGCAGGCAUCAAUGAAACUGCGCCUCUGGCGGGUGUCAAUGAGACCAUCGCUCCUGGGAGCGAUAACUUUAGUAUCGCAGGAGACUACGAUCAACAAAAUAUUGCAGAGGUCGAAAGAAGGCGGGAGGACAUUUUAGCGUCGUCGACCGUUGGCUCACAAGCAGGAGGAGCCCCAGUGAGAGGUAGUGCGGCGACCCAGGAUGAUUCGAUUGAUAUCAUUCCGAGUAGUCAAACGACGAGUCUGCCUUCUGGUGCGGAAAUACCGCAGAUACAAAUUAUUCACGGGGCACAACCUGAGGGAGAGGCGGAUGAGGAUGCUAUUUCCGCUGGAGCAGAGUCGGACGCCGUAAGCAGUCUAGCCGUGAGCAACGAGAUACUCUCGUCUGCCCCACCACCACCACCUGGUGCGCCAGCCGCUGUUGCGGCCGAAAUCGUGGUCGCAGCAGCAGCUCCAAGAAGAACUACUGUCGCAAGAAUCGAGCCGGCAACGGCGGACAUCCUGGACGAGCGGAUAUUGAUGCAAUCUCUGAUGCAGCAUACUCCCCUGGAAGCGGAAGACAUCUCCUUGAGUGAGAAAAUGCUUUUCCAGACCGCGAAUGCGGAGGGGGCGACGGAAACAGGGGCGCUGCCGGACGAGACGCAGAAAUCGUUCCGCGUGCGGGUGAUCUUCAACCUAAAGAAGAAACCGGGACUGAUGUCCGCCGUGUUUCGGUGGUGCAUGGACGACCCGCUGCAGAUCAUCGAAGACUACGGCUUCGGUGAGCCAACACUGGAGCAGGUCUUCUUGAAAUUCGCAAAGGAACAGGAAACCAUCGAAGAGGAUAAGGGCGCUUCAACAGAGACCUGAUGAAUUCGCUCAACCCUCACUCGAUCGACAUCAGUUUCUGGAUACAACUAUUUUGCGUUUCUAUUUCUAAUUGAAUUCAUCUAUGUACUUACUUACUACUACAGCACUUUUGGCCCAAUUUGAAUUUUCAAGGAGCGGCAGGGUUUGCUGUCUCUUUAUCUUACAUCACCCAGACCCAGACCCACCAUCACCAAUUAUGGACUUCCACUUUAUUCUCAUACUGACUCCUGUCGGACUUACAUCACAGAAACAGACAUUCUUUCUAUCUUCCUUCUUCGUCUUGUUUCUAAAGUACGUCUGACGAAGAACAGCAAGCAUGCAUAGCAGCCGUUAGUUUAGCUUCCCCAGAAAUUUUCUACAUUUGGACACACGCAUCUGUGCAUUUUUCUCCCCUUCUGCCCGCGGCCAGUAGUAUCCCCACAGAAGUUUUUCAUUUUGUCAUCUAUGUAUCUUUCCAAGAG